AUGUCAAGCUCAACUUAUAAGAUAUUUAUUUUAAGGCAUGGUCAAAGUGAAUUGAACCAUGAGAAUAUAUUUUGCGGAUGGAUUGAUGCCAAUUUAACAGAAAAGGGUAAGGAUCAAGCAAGAAAUUCUGCCGACUUAAUUAAAAAAUAUUGUGAAGAUAAUAAAUUGCCAUUACCACAAAUUGGAUAUACAUCAAGACUUGUAAGAACGCAGCAAACUAUUGAGGAGAUUAUAAAUCAGUGGGGUUUGAAAGAAGAGACUUAUAUCGUAACAGGUGAAAAGUUUGAAGUAUCAGAUAAAGAGGUAUUUAGUGAGAAAGAUACUAUUCCUGUUUUCCAAAGUUGGAGACUAAAUGAAAGACACUAUGGUUCAUGGCAAGGUCAAAGAAAACCACAAGUCUUGGAAGAAUACGGGGAAACUGAAUAUAUGAAUAUCAGAAGAGGUUAUCGUGGAAGACCUCCGGUGGCAGAUUUGAAACGUGAAAUGAUUCAAGAAUUCGAUGAUCAAGGUUCCAAAACUGGAUAUGAGUUUAAAGAGCCAAAUAGACAUUUAAAAUAUAAUCCUGAGGAAUUGGCUGGAGAAGUUCUACCUAACUCGGAAUCUCUAGAGCUAGUUGUUGCUAGAUUGGAACCUCUAUUAGAUGAUAUGAUCUUGAAACUUGCAAAACAAACUCAUCAUGAGUCCUGCAUGAUAGUCGCCCAUGGUAGCUCUGUUAGAUCAUUACUCAAAUUAAUUGAAAACAUUGCUGAUGCAGAUAUCAAGAAUAUCGAUAUUCCCAACGGAAUUCCGCUAGUCAUCGAAUUGGAUAAAAAACAUUUCAAUUUGUUAGCCAAUGUUACCUAG